AUGCCUGGGAUUCUCACCAGAUCGACGAAUAACCAUCAUAGUGAGAGCAAAUUCAAGACGAUUCUCGGUAUUUCUCUCGUCCAGCAUUCCAGUCACACCGUCGACGACGCGGCCAAAGAGCACCCAGACGAGUUGGAGCUGACCACGACGACGCCUGGGACUAGUCUGCCGCGAACCGCCAGUCCAUCGCCAAAUCUAAAGCAAAAGCAGAGCCGUACUGGUCGAAAGCUGCGCGCAAGAUUACCCGUCGAGCACAAAAAGUCUGCCUCUCAUAGCAUCUAUACCACCCCAGAGCCAGCGGCGACGACAGAAACGAUGCCGUCUGCGUCUGCGACCAUUGCGACAAAGCCUACCCGCGCUGCUGGUGCUCGACCCGUCCGUCUGGAUCCAGAAGACGGGCUCUGGUCCGUCAGCGUCGCCCACGUCUCUGCUCGAUUCUACAAUAUCUAUGUCAAGACACCGACACACCAUUUAACCCUCACCCGCUCAUCGCACGAAAUUUCAGAACUCGAUUCAAAGAUUCAAGACCAGGUCCCUUCCGGAACAGCUCUCCCGACGUGUCCGCUCGAAGCCGAGCCACCUCAGAAACGCAAGAGCUCGUUUCUAACGACACUAUCCCGUCUUGCAUCCCCCCAGCGUCCCAAUCAGCCCCUCUUCAACGACGACGAACCGUCGGAUGCAUUUCUAGACGCCGAACCGUCGGCCACGACCGCACUCGCUGCUUACCUGACGACCCUCUCCAAUGACAAGGCCGUACGCACGACACGUGCAUGGAAGCGCUUUGUGCGUGUGAGGACAGACGAUUUGGAGAGCACCCGCGUCGAACGCGCCAUCAAGCGCGUACGAUCCGACCUCGCUGCCCAUACGACAAACUCGGCUGUGCUCGGCGAGCGAGACGGUACAGAGGGCCCUGGACAAUCAAAAGACGGAGAACACGUGUUGGAUCUAUUCGGCGACGGGCUUACUCCAGACGAUGCGUCUGCUACUGAAAACGCGAGGAGAUUGAUCGAUAGCGGGCUGAUGGACUUUACGAGCCCCGCCGCACCGUCUUAUGAUACGUUUCGGUCCACCAAACGCGACACGAUUCGGGCCCCCGUUUCAAAUGCUUUCGAGGCUCCCCCAACACCGGAUGUACAUCCAGAAGAGAAGCCCGCCGAAGCUUUGGAAGCAGAGAGGAGCGAGCUUGGCGAGGAGAAGAAGCAAGAGCCAGCGCCUGACGCGCCACAGGCUACGAUGGACACACCAGCUCCUGUUGAAGACGUUCAAGCUCCGGUCGAAGAGGUUCCAGUAGAGCCGAAUGAAGAGCAUGAACCAGCUCCUGCCGUCCCACGCCCAUCGACACUCGAUGUGGAUGAACUGAUUCGUCGCUCGGGCACAUGGGAUGAUGUCGAGUCGCCCCUCCCGCCUAUCCAAUCUGAGACAGAUGCCGAAGAGACGGGCGUCACGGAUGCAGAGGAUACGGAUGCCUUUGGAGCAGGCGCAGCGAGCGAUGUUGGUGGUGUGGAUACUGCUGACGAGGCCAAGCCGAAAAAGUUGCAAAAGAAGAAGAAGAAGAAGCAAAAAGUCGAGCGCAAGUCGAAAAAGGUGGUGAUUGACGACUUUGAGAUGAUGCGUGUGUUGGGCAAGGGAUGUGCGGGAAAGGUCCUCCUCGUCCGCCACAAGCGUUCGGAUUCGCUCUAUGCUCUCAAGGCAAUCACCAAACGGCACGUGCUCGCCCACCAGGAGCUCCAGCACACGAUGACGGAGCAGGCCGUUUUGAAGCGAAUGGCACGAAGUAAUACGGAUCCGUUUGUCAUCAAGCUCUACUGGAGCUUCCACGACAAGGAGAAUCUGUUCUUGGUCAUGGACUUCCAUCCUGGAGGGGAUCUGGCAACUCAACUUGCACGAUGGGGUCGACUAGGCCGUGAUCGAGCGCGAUUCUAUGCUGCCGAGAUUGUCGAAGGUGUCGAGGGUCUGCACGCAGCCGGUGUCAUUUACCGUGACCUCAAGCCCGAAAACAUUCUCAUUGGUGGUGACGGACACAUUGUGCUCACCGACUUUGGACUAUCGAGACAAUUUGAACGCCGACGGCCUACCUCUAUCAUGGGUGGCGACGAGUACUUUGCUUCGUCUCCUGCCACGCCUACAGGGGAAACGCAUCGGAAUGGUAUCAAUUGGAUGAAUGCGCACAAAGAAUCGUGGCUAAAUACAAAGGGCAACGAUACGACGACCACGUUUUGCGGCACUGCAGAGUAUCUCGCUCCCGAGGUCAUCCAAGGUCUUCCGUAUUCUUACGAGGUUGAUUGGUGGAGCUUUGGAACGAUGCUUUACGAGAUGCUUACGGGCAUUACACCAUUUUGGGCCAACAACCAUUCGGACAUGUAUGUCCGCGUGCUUCAAGAUGAACUUACGUUCCCAGAGGACAAGGCGAUGGAUCAAGAUACCAAGAGCUUGAUCCGUGGUUUGCUCCAGCGCAACCCGGCUUUGCGUCUCUGUGAGCCGCGUAUCAAGAAGCAUCCAUAUUUCUCAAUGAUCGACUGGCAACACGUCUAUCACAAGCGCUAUAUUCCUCCUUAUAUUCCUCCCAUUGACCCAGCCAACGCGUCAGACACGCAAAACUUUGACGAUGCAUUCUUGGAGAUGGAGCCUGUAUUGGAUACGGAUCUAGAGAAUGAGACUGGAUCCGAACGUGACCGAUCCACGACGGAUAUCGAAGCUGGAGACGACGACGAGGCGCUUGCAAAUGGCGAAUCACCCGCUGUGUCUGCGCAACAGGCGGAUGCAAUGGAGGACGACGUGUUUGACGGAUACUCGUUCAAGGCUAGGAAUUCGGUGCUCAUAGAAGACGAUGGUGAUGACGGUAAUGAUGGUAGCGACGAGUCGGACGCGGCGUCGCUCACGCAUGAAGGCCCAGUUGAUCAUCAUGUCGAAGAAGAAUUGGAUCCUGGCCAAAAGACUCCUGAAGCUGGGAAACCGUCUACGCCAACACCCGCUAGUGCGGUCAUCGAGGCGUUCCGUAAGCAAGAAGAAGAAAGGGCUGCUGCUGCUGCAGCUACUACUACUACGGCAACAGAGGAGGCUACAUCCGAAGCACCUGUAGAAGAGAAGGGUGAGCAAGUCGCCGAGCACCCCAUACAGUCUGCACCCGACCCUGCGAACAUCCCUGUGCCAUUGACGCCAGUGACACCGACGAGCAAGACGAGUGGGCUACCUUCUGUGGAAGACGGUCCGAAAACGGGCUCUCCCGAGAAGGACUUACCUGCACCACCACCGGCGCCUGGUCCUCAGGAGGCGGUGGUCCCUACGGCACCUGUAAAGGCACCGUCAGGUCCAAAGGUACCCUCCAAGGAAGAGAGAAAGACGGUUACCAUUUCUGAAAAGCCCAAGCAUAUCAAGAGCAAGGCCCCUCGCAACGUCAAGCCCACGAGGCGAGAACGGUCCGGUGUCGCUGCGCUGGACCGCGAUCUCAGCGAUGUAAUUGACGAAGAUGACGAGGUACACCGGGAUCCAGAAGAUGACGACUGGGACUUUGUCGAGGCCCCCGGCGGUGAAGAUUACAAUGGCUCGCAGGGCAAGAGUCUCUUUGCCCGUGGCGUCGUUGAUCGCUACCGACUCAAGGUGUUCCGAAAGCCAUCGAGUGGGACACCGUCAAGGCCGACGCAACGAAAUCCGUCUUCGACCCAGAGUAAUUUGCCUACUACAGACUCUGAGUUUGGGGAGCUCGUGGCGAGCACUGCGUCUCCUACGCUUUCGGAGAAGAAGAAGAGCCGUGGAGGGGGACUUAGUUUACGAAAACCAAGGACAUUUUUGCGGCCCAAGUCGCCCUCUGCGACGUACUCUGCCGGUUCGAGCAAGCUCAGCCGUCCAGCGCUCUUGACGCAGCACUCUGCAACCAUUUCUGGGUCGACGAGUGGCAUCUUGCGCACACCGUCUGCAACUACGCCACUGUCGGCGCUGCCUACCAAUGGUGGACUCUCGCUCACGUCAAAGCCCUCGAUGAACUCGAUGGGUUCUCCGGGUUCGUCUGAUGCGUCUGUGCACAAUGAACCUGGACGAGGCUCAUUGACGCAGUCUGCUGCUGAGCUUGCGGCAACACCUUCCAAACCUCGAGGCAACAAGAGCUCGCCGGACCUUCGACGACAGGCACGAGAGUCCGACUUGGAAAGGGAUGACACGAAGCAGAGACCAUUGACAAAGAUGCGCAAGUACACAGAACAAGGAGCCGAAAAAGUCAUGUCCCUCUUCUCCUCGCCGCGUCCGUCAGCCUCUGCCUCUCCUGCACCAUAG